GCCGCGCGCGCGGCCAUGGGCAACUGCUGCGUUGCCCGGCCGUCCUUCAAGCGGCGUGGCGGCGGCUCUCCCCGGCACCGCGGCGGCCGGCUCGGAGGCGCCAACGUCCGGUGCUUCUCCACGGUGUCCUCAGUCACCGACACCCCGCGCGCCGCGGCCCAGCCGUGGACGCCGCUCACCGUGCUGGGCAAGGGCCUGGCCGCGGCGGAGAGCGCCGAGGGGCUGCUGCGGCGUUACCAGCUCGGCGAAGAGCUCGGGCGCGGCGAGUUCGGCUUGACGCGGCGGUGCACGGACGCGGUCACGGGGGAGAAGCUUGCGUGCAAAUCGAUCAGCAAGCGGAAGCUCCGGAGCAGCGUGGACAUCGAGGACGUGCGGCGGGAGGUGGCCAUCAUGCGCUCGCUGCCCUCGCAUGCAAACGUGGUGCGGCUUCGCGAGGCGUUCGAGGACAGCGAUGCCGUGUACCUCGUCAUGGAGGUCUGCGAGGGCGGCGAGCUGUUCGACCGAAUCGUCGCGCGCGGCCACUACACCGAGCGUGCCGCCGCCGCCGUCAUGCGCACCAUCAUGGAGGUUGUGCAGCAUUGUCAUAAGAACGGUGUCAUGCACCGGGAUCUUAAGCCUGAAAACUUCCUGUACGCCAAUUCAUCUGAGAUCUCCCCUCUCAAGGUCAUCGACUUCGGCCUGUCCGUGUGCUUCAAGCCAGGUGAAAGAUUCAGCGAGAUCGUGGGAUCUCCCUAUUACAUGGCGCCUGAAGUCCUCAAGAGAAACUAUGGACAAGAAAUCGACAUCUGGAGUGCAGGGGUCAUACUGUACAUCUUGCUAUGUGGUGUCCCUCCAUUCUGGGCCGAGACGGACGAGGGCAUAGCGCAGGCCAUCAUCCGGUCACGCAUCGACUUCGAGCGCGAGCCUUGGCCCAAGGUGUCGGACAAUGCCAAGGAUCUCGUUAGCAAGAUGCUUGACAACAACCCUUACGCCAGGUUAACGGCUCAGCAGGUUCUAGAGCAUCCGUGGAUACAGAAUGCCAGCGCGGCUCCGAACAUUCCUCUGGGGGAGGCAGUUAGGUCCAGGCUCAAGCAAUUCACUGUCAUGAACAAGUUCAAGAAGAAGGCCCUGCUUGUGGUGGCGGAGUACUUGCCGGCCGAAGAGCUGGAGGCGAUCACAGAGCUCUUCCACAUGCUGGACACAAACAAGGACGGUCACCUGACAAUUGAGGAGCUCAGGAAAGGUCUGCAGAUGAUAGGGAACAAUGUCCAUGACACAGAUGUGGAUAUGCUCAUGGAAGCUGCAGACUUAGAUGGAAACGGCACCUUGGACUGCAAGGAGUUUGUGACAGUCUCUAUCCACCUGAAGAAAAUCCGCAGUGAGGAACACCUCCCCAGGGUAUUCAACUACUUCGACAAGAACAUGAGUGGGUUCAUAGAGAUCGAAGAGCUCAAGGAAGCGCUCUCCCCAAGAGGCGAUCAGAAAGCCAUCGACGACAUCAUCUUUGACGUUGACAUCGACAAGGAUGGCAAGAUAAGCUACGAGGAGUUCGAGCUGAUGAUGAAAGCUGGAGUGGACUGGAGGAACACCUCACGGCAGUACUCGAGAGCAGUUUUCAACACCCUCAGCCGCAAGAUGUUCAAGGAUGUGUCGCUGAAGCUUGAUCCCAGCAGCCCGCUCAGUGCCGUGGGGAAAGAACUACGAGAUGUUAACUGAGAAAUAUGUGACUGCUACCUGCAUACUCGCGUGUAACAGAGAAUGCAAGAUCUGUAACUAUUUUCCUUGUUCGUGUAGAGGUCACCACAUUUUUGGAUGGGGAA